AUGAAAGAAUUUCUAAAAGAAAAACAAACAUGCCAUGAAGUUUCAGCUCGAUUAAUUUCUCAUAUAAUCAUCCCAUAUUACAUUCUCAUCAUGUGUACUUUACUUUUCGUGAUUCUGCGGAAAGAAUCGAACCGAGUUUCGUCAUUCCAAGCAGCUAUCGCUGAAAAACAGAAUGAAAAGGAACAGCAGGCGGACACGUAUUUCCGUUCCCUCCGGCAUCAAUGGGGAACCUAG